CCCUCGCCCACACGCACACACACGUCCUCCCCCUCGCCUCCCCUUUCUUCCCCUGAGUCGCCCUUUUUCACCUCGUCUCAUAGAGACCCCACACUUCCCGGCCAUGGCUGCCAACCGCCCUGCCGAGACUAUGUCUGCGCUGGAGUACUCCAUUUCCUGGGUCCAGCGCCUCAGCAUCCCAGUUCCCUGUGGCCCUCUGACCCCGGAGCAGAUCGCCACCAUCCCCCCGAACCAGCCCCCGGCCACCGAUCCCCACCUUGUGCUGGAUCCGGCCAGCGCCUUUUCUCUGCGCCUUGGUGAGGAGCUGGCCGCGCUGGACCGCCAUGCCUGCGACCAGAAUGAGCACCAUCAGCACCUCCAGGCGCGCUACGCCGUGCUCAAGCGCACGCGCAUCGCCGUGAUCGAGGCCGCCCGGACGGCCUUCGAGGCUGAGCAGGCCCGCCUGGAGCAGGAGCGCCGCGACCGCGAGGAGCGGGCCCGAGAGGAGAAUGAGCGCCUUCUCCGCGCCGAGGCCGAGCGCCGCGAGCGUGAGGAGCGCGAGCGCCUCCAGCGCCAGGAGCAGGAACGCCAGGAGCAGGAGCGCCGCGAGCAGGAACGCCGCGAGCACGAAGAGCGUGAGCGUGCCCGCGCCGCCUCCUUCACCCACUCCAUUCAGCCCGGCAACACCGCGCCCGCGGACCAGCCGCCCAAGAUCAACUACUCGGAGUUCGAGCAUGGCUCCUCUCCCUCGAACGCGUGGGACCAGACUGCCAGCACGCCGUCCGAUGACCUUUGGCGGCAGUAUGGUGGCCAGCGCCCUCCCGCUGCUGGUGUUGCUGCUGCUGCUGCUGCUGGCCCCCCGCCGACAACCGCAACGCCACAAGCCCCGAACCCCUAUGCCCCGACUCCCGGGCCAGGCUCGACACCCGGCUAUCCCUCCUAUCCAUCUCCCUACUCUGCGCAGCCGAGCCGCCCUCCGCAGCCCUCUCCAUAUGGCGCGACGGCGGGGUAUCCUCCCGCCAGCGGGAGCAGCCCCUAUCCCGGGGCCGGCGGGCCCCCCUCCGCGCAUCCGGGGUAUCCCCACCGCCCGGGCGCCUCGCCGCCAGGGAGCCAGCCAUCCCCCGGUGGCCCGUAUGCCCCGAUCCCCGGUAGCCACCCCUCUCCCGGUGGGCCGUACGCCCCGACUCCCGGACCAAAUGCCUCAUCCUCGCCCGGCUAUCCGCCAUACCCGGGGGCCCCGUCUGCCGGGGGCGUCCCGCCGCAUGCCCGGCCAAAUCCCUACCCCGGGGCUGGCAGCGGCCCUGCGCCCUAUGCAGGCGGGCCCCCGGGCACCGGGGCCUCUCCCUCCGGGCCUGGGACCUUCUCCGGGGGGCCUUACCCUUCGCAGGGCAACGCCCCUCCCUAUGUGGCCGGCGGGUCUCCCUAUGGUGCCGGGGGCGGUGCCGGCGGCGCGGGUGGUCCGUAUGGGCAGCACCCGCCGGGCGGCCCGCCAGCCGCCCCGUAUGGCGGGCCUCAGCCAGUGGCCGGCGCCGCGGCGCGCGUGUCUCGUGACCGCGUCCUCGCGCGCCUGUCCCCGGUGCAGCAGCAGAUGUUCCUCCAGAUGGAGCCGGUGGGGUAUGAUGCCGGCCCCCUCGGCGAGGCCAUUGCCCUGCUCCACCCGAAUCCCUCGCCUGGCAGCCGUGCCGACUACGACCAUCUGGUCACCCUGCUAGACCUGUACGGCCAGCUGGACGAGCUGAACAUCUACCAGCCCCGGGCCCGGGACCCAAGCCGGCCCCUGACCGAGGACCAGCUCCUCGAGCACUACCGCUUCCUGCUGAAGGCCAUCAUCGACUACAAGUAUGACCUGUCCCAGGUGGCUGACAUGCUGCUGGCCCUCGGGUAGGGGGCCUUUCCUUGCCCGUGAACGGUGCCCCCCCCCCUCCCCUCCCCCUCCCUCCGGAUGGAAAUAGAACGGCU